CGUUUGUGAGAUAGAAGAUAAUCAGCUGAUUCGGGGCAAAACAUUGGCGAAUGUUCUCAGUAGUCUAUACGUGAAUCGCUAGUUUUUGAGUUUUAUUUGCACUUUUCCUCAUUUUUGUGAAAUUAUUAUUCACCUCUGAUUUUUCAAGAUGGUAAAGUCAUGUUCGGCUUAUAAUUGUACGCAAAGGUACAGAAAAGGCAAUGGGAUUUCAUUUUUCUCAUUUCCCAGUGAUUCAAAACUGAGAUCCCUAUGGGUCUUAGCCAUGAAAAGGGAAAAUUUUGAGCCAACAAAUUCUACUGUAUUAUGUAGUAACCACUUUCUUGAAAGUGAUGUGGUCAGACAAUUCGGCCAAAUCAAACUGAGAGAAGGUUCAAUUCCUUCAAUUUUUGAUUUUCCUGAUCACUUGAAAAAGAGAACACCCAAACCAAGGAAAAUCAGGAAAAGAUUAGCUGAGAAGGAGAUUCAAGCAGAAUCUACUUCUGAAGAGAAAAAACUCAAGCUGGAUCUUCCAUCAACUAGUUCUGAAAACUACUCUGAGCCUGUGAUUAUCAAUGCCAAGGAUUGCUCUGAAAAACCUCAGGUUCAAAAGAAAAUAAGGAGGAGGCAUUAUUUUGGAGAUGUAAAAUAUUCUGCACUCAAAACAGCUGAAGCCAAAAUGGUUUGGAAUAUUGCCAAUAGGACUAUCGAAAAAAUUAGAAAGGAAAAUAAUAAAUUAAGAACUAAAAAACAUAAAUUGCAGAGCAGGGUGACAAAGCUGAAAGAACUUAUAGUGCAUUUGAAAACUUCUAAAAAUGUCUCUCAAAAUUGUUAUGACAUAAUGCAGGUAAAAGACAAGUAUGAACUGAAGGCCUAUAAAGAAUCAUUGACUAAUGCAAAUUAAUGCAUGUUGAAGAAGUGCAUGUGUUUUAGAAUUUUAUUUUAUUUUGGCUCAGUAAGGAUGGUGCCCCCUCUUCCCAGAAACCAACUCAAAGGUAUAGCUCACAUAUUUUUUUCAUUUCUACAUAUCUGGGGUAAGUAUA